CGGUGCAGUUGGGACCACUGUCUAUCCCGAAUUAGGACCUUAAAUACAAAAAUAUCCUGUUGAUUCAGCUAAACAAGUGUUUCGUUAAAGUUUUUUCAUCUAUUUCUAAAGUAACCCCGCGGCUAUAUGUAGAUACAUACAUAUCUGAAAUGUCACUUGUAAAGAAAUUAUCCUUUGAUGCCAGCUGUGAUGACAAGUAUACGGCAAAAAAUGCUGACGGAUACCUCGAACACUCGCAUGCUGUGGAUUUGGAUCUGCAGAAUAAAUACAGUAAACCAAAGGAGGCCCACUGGCUGCUGCGACGCAUCUAUAUAUUCACAUGGAUACUUGGUUAUGAUAGAGAGCGGGCCUUUUCCGAUCUUAUCGCAGGGAUCACAUUGGGACUGACUAUAAUACCGCAGAGUAUUGCCUAUGCAGCAUUGGCGGGUCUCUCGUCCGAGUAUGGGCUGUACUCGGCCUUCGUUGGUUCCAUAAUAUAUGUGUUCUUUGGCACGAUACCGCAGGUGUCUAUCGGUCCGACCAGCUUGAUGGCCAUAUUAGUGCGGCAAUAUUGCUUCGACAAGCCCAUACAGAUAGUCAUUGUGCUGACGUUUCUGGCUGGUUUCGUGGAGCUACUAAUGGGAGUCUUUCAGCUGGGUUUUAUUGUGAGUUUUAUACCCACGCCGGUAACGAAGGCCUUUACCUCGGGCACUGCAGUACUUGUGGUGCUGAGUCAGCUGCCAAGCCUAUUGGGUGUUCGGCUGAAGGGCAGGCCAUCCAUUGGCGACUUCUUUACUCAUAUCACUCCCACUGACACGGGCCUAGGCAUUGUCUGUCUGUGUGUGCUGCUCUCAUUGCGUAUGCUGGCUCAGGUCAAGUUUAAGCAGAACACUCCAGCGACACAGCGUCUGAAGAAGUUACUCUGGUACAUUAGCAUCUCACGAAAUGCGCUGGUUGUUUUCUUCUGUGGUCUCCUGAUAUUCGUUUGGGUGCACAAGAGUUCGCUGGCUGCUAUACCCUUUGCCCUAACAGCUAAAGUCGAUUCUGCACAGAUCAACUUCAAAUUGCCACCCUUCGCUUUUGAGCAUCAGAAUCGUACUUAUGUAUUCACCGAUAUUCUACAGGAACUAGGCAGCGCCAUUAUUGUUUUGCCUAUUGUUGCCGUGCUGGCAAAUGUGGCAAUUGCUAAGGCUUUCGUAAAGGAUGGCAAUUUGGAUGCUUCACAGGAAAUGCUGACAUUAGGUCUGUGCAACUUGGCUGGCUCCUUCUUUAGUGCCAUGCCCACUUGUGGCGCCUUCACCCGGUCUGCUGUCAGUCAGGCCAGUGGCGUGAGGACCCCCAUGGCUGGCAUCUACACUGGUGUAAUUGUGCUCUCGGCCUUGAGCAUACUGACGCCAUAUUUCCAGUAUAUACCCAAGUCUGCGCUGUCCGCCGUGCUGAUCUCGGCGGUGGUCUUUAUGGUUGAUCUGACUCCUGUGAGGGAUCUAUGGAAAUCAAACAAAAAGGAUUUCUUCUGCUGGGUGGGUAGCUUUAUCAUCUGCCUUAUAGCCGGCGUUGAGAUGGGUUUGCUCUUCGGAAUUGUUGUCAGCAUGUUGUGCAUUCUCCUCCGUUUGGGCAAUCCUCAAAUUGAGGUGUCACUCAAGAUGCACGAGUCCUCGCAUUAUAUACACAUUGUGUCCAAUUCCGAUGUCUACUAUACGGGUGUGGAUACAAUACGCAAUGAGGUGCGUGCCGCCUGCGCACUCUACAGAUACGAUUUUCCGGUCGUUGUGGAUUGCUCACGUUUCAUGCAAUUCGAUGCCACAUUCGUCGAGAUGCUAAUAGCCGUGGCCAAGGAGCUUAACGAGCAUGAGGCCCUCCUCGUCCUACAGAACAUCAGCUUGAAGUUGCAGGAACAGCUGCCGGUGGCAGAGAACAUUCGUUUUUGUAAUGAAGCCGCGUUGCCUUUCGGCGAAGUCCAAUUGCAGGAUGUAAAGCCGUAGAAAGAACUGGCAGAAACAUCAUAUUUUUUUGUUUUUCCUAUUACUUACCGGAUGUUAUUGUUAUUAUUGAUUUAGAUAUGAACUGAUAUUUGCACGAUGCCACAACAGAGGAAUAUAGCAGGCCCGUUACUGUAAAAACUUAUUUGUCCCCCACAUCUGGUUCUGUUUUUAUUGAAAGCUCAUUCGGUUUUUUUUUUAUUUAUAUAGUUCCCAACAUCUGCUGCAAAGAAUCAGAUAUAUCGUUUUACGAUUCAGCUUUAUUUUUGUGCCCUGUACCCGAGGGAUAAAAAGUGUUACGAAAUCACUCUGCUGUAUAUAGUAUAUAUAUGUGAGAGGCAUUACGAGAUGCAAGUGCUCGUACUAGUUAUUAAGUAAAUAAAUACGUUAAGCAAUUUGUUUGUAUUAAUCAAA